AUGUCUUCUAUUAUUCCUACGGCUCCCGUGACUCCUCCAAUGGAGGCUACGGGUGAUAGAAUGAUCGCUUUAGAGCUCAAGGACGGUACUUCGCUGCUAGGUUACUCCUUUGGUGCCCCCAAAUCGACCGCCGGUGAAUUGGUUUUCCAAACCGGUAUGGUCGGAUAUCCAGAGUCUGUUACAGACCCUUCCUAUGAAGGUCAGAUCCUGGUGAUCACUUUUCCCUUGGUCGGUAAUUAUGGUGUGCCAGAUCGUCAAUUGAUCGACGAAUAUGUGGAAGGACUGCCCAGAUACUUUGAAAGUAACAGAAUUCAUGUUGCUGGGUUGGUUAUUUCUCAUUAUACAGAGGAAUAUUCCCACUGGUUGGCUAAAUCGUCACUGGGCAGAUGGUUACAAGAAGAAGGUGUGCCAGCUGUAUACGGUGUUGACACAAGAGCUUUGACAAAGCAUUUGAGAGAUAAGGGUUCCAUGCUUGGUAGAUUGGCUUUGCAAAAGAACAAUUCUAAGGAUAUCGAUGUUGGUUCUGCGCAAUGGAAGGACGCAUUCGAUGUUCCUGAAUGGGUUGAUCCAAAUGUUCAAAAUUUGGUUGCAAAAGUUUCUAGAAAGGAACCACACUUGUAUUUGCCUCCAACUGACCACGAAGGCGUUACUUUGCAGAAGGGCCCAGACGGUAAGACUUUAAGAAUUUUGGCCAUCGAUGUGGGUUUGAAAUUUAACCAAAUUCGUUGUUUUGUGAAACGUGGUGUCGAAUUGAAGGUUGUCCCUUGGGAUUACGAUUUCACUCAGGAACAGUAUGAUGGGUUGUUCAUCUCCAACGGUCCAGGUGACCCUUCGGUGCUAACUGAUUUGUGCAACAGACUGGCGCAAGUUAUCCAAGCAAAGAAGACUCCUAUUUUUGGUAUUUGUUUGGGUCACCAAUUGCUUGCCAGAGCAAGCGGUAGCUCUACUUUAAAAUUGAAGUUCGGUAACCGUGGCCAUAACAUUCCUUGUACUUCUACCAUCAGCGGAAGAUGUUACAUCACUUCCCAAAAUCACGGUUUCGCAGUCGAUGCCGAUUCCUUAACCGACGGUUGGAAGCCUCUGUUCACUAACGCCAACGAUUUCUCGAACGAAGGUAUCUACCAUUCCGAGUUGCCGUAUUUUUCAGUGCAAUUCCAUCCUGAGUCUACUCCAGGCCCAAGAGACACUGAAUUUUUGUUCGAUGUCUUCAUUCAGGCCGUAAAGGAACACAAAGCUUCUGGUGUUUUGAAACCUGUUGAGUUCCCAGGAGGUAAACUCGAGGAUAACAGAAACGCUCACCCAAGAGUUGAACCAAAGAAGGUUUUGGUGCUGGGUUCUGGUGGUUUGUCCAUCGGUCAAGCCGGUGAAUUCGAUUACUCAGGAUCUCAAGCUAUCAAAGCUUUGAAGGAGGAAGGUAUUUACACUAUCUUGAUCAAUCCAAACAUUGCCACUAUUCAAACAUCCAAGGGUUUGGCUGACAAAGUUUAUUUCUUGCCUGUCACCGCUGAAUUUGUCAGAAAGGUUAUCUUACAUGAACGUCCAGAUGCAAUCUACGUGACUUUCGGUGGGCAAACUGCCUUGUCUGUCGGUAUCGAAAUGAAGGACGAAUUUGAAACUUUGGGUGUUAAAGUUCUAGGUACCCCAAUUGAAACAGUCAUUACAACAGAGGAUCGUGAAUUGUUCGCUCAAGCCAUGAACCAGAUCGACGAAAAGUGUGCCAAGUCUCAAGCUGCUAACUCUGUCGAGGAAGCUUUGGCCGCCGUCAAGGAGAUUGGUUUCCCAGUCAUCGUCCGUGCCGCUUACGCUCUAGGUGGUUUGGGUUCUGGUUUUGCCUACAACGAGAAGGAAUUGGUCGAUCUUUGUAACGUUGCAUUCGCUUCUUCCCCACAAGUUUUAGUCGAGAGAUCUAUGAAGGGCUGGAAGGAAGUUGAAUACGAAGUUGUCCGUGAUGCCUUCGAUAACUGUAUCACCGUCUGUAACAUGGAAAACUUUGAUCCAUUGGGUAUCCACACUGGUGAUUCGAUUGUUGUUGCUCCAUCUCAAACUCUGUCAGACGAGGAUUACAACAUGUUGAGAACUACAGCCGUUAAUGUCAUUAGACACUUGGGUGUUGUCGGUGAAUGUAACAUUCAAUAUGCCCUCAACCCUUUCUCCAAGGAAUACUGCAUCAUUGAGGUUAACGCUCGUCUUUCUCGUUCUUCUGCUCUGGCUUCAAAGGCCACUGGUUACCCACUGGCUUACACUGCUGCCAAACUAGGUUUGAAUAUUCCGCUGAAUGAAGUGACCAACUCUGUCACUAAAUCGACUUGUGCUUGUUUCGAACCAUCCUUGGAUUACUGUGUCGUCAAGAUGCCAAGAUGGGAUCUUAAGAAAUUCACAAGAGUUUCUACCGCUUUGUCGUCAUCAAUGAAAUCUGUGGGUGAAGUCAUGAGUGUUGGUAGAACUUUCGAAGAAGCAAUCCAAAAGGCCAUCAGAUCAACUGACUACAGUAACUUGGGUUUCAACCAGACUGACAUGGAAAUCGACAUUGACUUUGAGUUGAACAAUCCAUCCGACUUGCGUAUCUUUGCUAUUGCCAACGCUUUUGCUAAGUUGGGUUAUUCAGUCGAUAAGGUUUGGGAAAUGACCAACAUUGAUAAAUGGUUUUUGAACAAGUUGUAUGAUUUGGUCACAUUUUCUAACAAGGUUGCCGAUUUCGGUACCAAGGAAAAGCUGCCUUCGAUUGUUUUGAAGCAAGCCAAGCAACUUGGUUUCGAUGAUAGACAAAUUGCCAGUUUCUUAAACUCUAACGAGGUUGCUAUUCGUCGCUUGAGAAAGGAAUACGGUAUCACACCUUUUGUUAAGCAAAUUGAUACCGUUGCAGCUGAAUUCCCUGCUUAUACCAAUUACUUGUACAUGACUUAUAACGCCGCUACGCAUGACGUAGAUUUCAAUGACAAUGGUGUGAUGGUCCUUGGUUCUGGUGUCUACCGUAUUGGUUCCUCCGUCGAAUUCGAUUGGUGUGCGGUCACUGCAGUUAGAACUCUGCGUGCUAACAAGGUCAAGACUAUCAUGGUUAACUACAACCCAGAAACAGUCUCUACGGAUUAUGAUGAAGCUGACAGAUUGUAUUUCGAAACAAUCAACCUUGAAAGAGUUUUAGAUAUUUACGAAAUUGAGAACUCAGCCGGUGUUAUCGUCUCCAUGGGUGGUCAGACUUCAAACAAUAUCGCUAUGUCUCUACAUCGUGAAAAUGUCAAGAUUUUAGGAACAUCACCAGAAAUGAUUGAUAGCGCUGAAAACCGUUACAAAUUUUCCCGUAUGUUGGAUCAAAUCGAAGUUGAUCAACCAGCUUGGAAGGAACUUACUUCCAUGGAAGAAGCCGAGGAAUUUGCCGAAAACGUCGGCUACCCAGUCUUGGUUCGUCCUUCCUACGUUUUGUCCGGUGCUGCAAUGAACACUGUUUACUCGAGAGAUGACCUGGAGUCAUACUUGAACCAAGCCGUUGAAGUUUCUCGUGACUACCCUGUUGUCAUUACCAAGUAUAUUGAAAACGCAAAGGAAAUUGAGAUGGAUGCUGUCGCCAAAGAUGGUGAAUUGGUUAUGCAUGUGGUCUCCGAGCAUGUUGAAAAUGCUGGUGUUCAUUCUGGUGAUGCUACUUUGAUUGUCCCUCCACAGGAUUUGGCUCCUGAGACUGUAGACAGAAUCGUUGUUGCAACAGCUAAAAUUGGUAAGGCUUUGAAGAUCACUGGUCCUUACAAUAUUCAAUUCAUUGCCAAAAACAACGAGAUUAAGGUCAUCGAAUGUAACGUUCGUGCUUCCCGUUCUUUCCCAUUUAUUUCCAAGGUCGUUGGUGUUAAUUUAAUCGAAUUGGCUACCAAAGCCGUGAUGGGCAUUCCUUUCACUCCUUAUCCAGUUGAAAAGUUGCCAGAAGACUAUGUGGCAAUUAAGGUUCCACAAUUCUCUUUCCCACGUCUUGCUGGUGCAGACCCAGUUCUUGGUGUCGAAAUGGCCUCUACUGGUGAAGUUGCCACCUUUGGUCAUUCUAAAUAUGAAGCAUACUUGAAAUCUUUGUUGUCAACAGGAUUCAAGCUACCAAAAAAGAACAUUUUGCUAUCGGUUGGUUCUUACAAGGAAAAGCAGGAGCUACUUCCAUCAGUCAAGAAGUUGUACAACAUGGGCUUCAAAUUGUUUGCAACAGCUGGUACUGCGGACUUCAUCUCUGAACAUGGUAUUCCCGUUCAAUAUCUUGAAGUUCUGAACCAGGAAGACAAUGAGAAAUCGGAAUACUCUCUUACUCAGCACUUGGCUAACAACAAGAUUGACUUGUAUAUCAAUUUGCCUUCUGCUAAUAGGUUCCGUCGUCCCGCAUCCUAUGUUUCGAAGGGUUACCAAACUCGUCGUAUGGCUGUUGAUUACUCCGUUCCUUUGGUGACCAACGUCAAGUGUGCAAAGUUGUUAAUCGAAGCUUUGUCGCGCAACUUGACACUUGACGUUUCUGAGCGUGAUGCUCAAACCUCUCACAGAACCGUCACCCUUCCAGGUUUUAUCAACAUUGCAACCUUUGCUCCUAACUGUUCAAAUGUGAUUAAAGGUCCGGAAGAGCUGAAGGAGGUGUCUCGUUUAUCCUUGGAGUCCGGUUUCACUUACUGUCAAUUGAUGGCUAGAUCUACCACUGGCCCAAUCAUCUCUGAUGCUACUUCCUUGAAGGCUGCUUACUCUGCCUCUCAAGAUUCUUCAUACACCAAUUUCUCAUUCACUGUCGCGGGUACUGCUAAUAACAACGACAGCAUCGCUCAAACUGCGAAGGAUGUUAGUGCUUUGUUUUUGCCAUUCCGCGAGCUCACCAAUAAGGUUUCAACUGUCGCAGAGUUGCUGAAGAACUGGCCUGUCGACAAGCAAGUUAUUACCGAAGCAAAGACCUCUGAUUUGGCAUCUGUUAUGUUAUUGGCUUCGUUGCAAAACAGAUCGAUUCACAUCACUGGCGUCUCUAACAAGGAAGAUCUGUCUUUGAUUAUGACUGUUAAGGACAAAGAUUCAAAGGUUACUUGUGAUGUCAACAUUCAUGCUUUGUUCGUUUCUCAAAAUGAUUACCCAGAGGCACAAUUCUUGCCUAGUAAAGAAGAUCAAGAUUUCUUCUGGCAAAAUCUCGAUGCCAUUGAUGCCUUCUCUAUCGGUGCUUUACCAACCAAGCUUGCCCAAAUUACCGGUAAUAAGAUUGAUACUGGACUCGGGAUCAAGGAUGCACUACCAUUGUUACUUUCCGCCGUUGACGAAGGUAAGUUGACUAUUGAUGAUAUCGUUGAGCGUCUACACGAAAACCCAGCCAAAAUUUUUAAUAUUCCUGAACAACUUGACUCUGUUGUGGAGAUUGAUCUCGAUUAUUCCUUCGUUCACACUAAGAGAUGGUCACCUUAUACCAAGGGUGGCUUGAACGGUGGGGUUGAGCGUGUGUUGAUCGAUGGCGAGACCGUCGUUUUAAGUGGUGAACUAGUUGCUGCUGAACCAAAGGGUAAGGUCAUGACUACAGCCAACGUUCCUCCAACUCCAGUCACUGCUAAUGAAACUCCUUUGAGUAUGCCUCCUUUAAACGUGAAGAGGAGAUUUUCUUUCUCGAAUGAGAGACACAACUCUUUCACAAGCAUCGAUGGCGAAGCAGAGGGUGAAUAUGACCAACCAUUGGAACAAAGAUUGAUGUCAUCCAGGCCUCCAAAAGAGCUUGUCGCCCCUGGCGCUAUUCACAACUUGAUACGCAGCAAUAAUCCUUUCAAGGGUAGACACGUUUUGUCUGUGAGACAAUUCAAGAGAUCAGACUUCCAUGCCUUAUUCGCUGUCGCACAAGAAUUGAGAGCUGCUGUGGAACGUGAGGGUGUUCUAGAUUUGAUGAAGGGUCGUGUUAUCACUACCAUUUUCUAUGAGCCUUCGACUCGUACAUCUUCCUCUUUCAUCGCUGCCAUGGAACGUCUAGGUGGUAGAACUGUUAACAUCAAUCCUUCUUCCUCAUCAGUGAAGAAGGGUGAGACUUUGCAAGACACCAUCAGAACUUUAGCCUGCUACUCUGAUGCUAUCGUGAUGCGUCAUCCAGAUGAGAUGUCUGCUCACAUUGCCGCCAAGUACUCGCCGAUCCCAAUUGUGAACGGUGGUAAUGGUUCUCGUGAACAUCCAACUCAGGCUUUCUUGGAUCUCUUCACUAUUCGUGAAGAGCUAGGUACAGUGAAUGGUAUCACAGUUACCUUUAUGGGUGACUUGAAAUACGGAAGACCAGUGCACUCUCUAUGCCGUUUGUUGCAACACUACCAGGUCAGAAUCAACCUUGUCUCUCCAAAUGAACUCAGAUUGCCCACUGCUUUGCGCAAGGAGUUGGCUGAGGCCGGCUUGUUGGGUGUCGAAAGCGAAAUGAUCACUCCUGACAUUAUCUCCAAAUCUGAUGUUCUGUACUGUACAAGAAUUCAACAGGAGAGAUUUGAGAACAAGGAUGAAUACGAACGUUUGAAGGACGUUUAUGUCGUCGACAACAAGAUCUUGUCUCACGCCAAGAAACACAUGGCUGUCAUGCAUCCCCUACCUCGUGUUAAUGAGAUCAAGGAAGAAGUUGACUACGACCAUCGUGCUGCAUAUUUCAGACAGAUGAGAUACGGUCUCUUUGUUAGAAUGGCCCUAUUGGCCAUGGUCAUGGGUGUCGAUCUAUAA